CUUGGCGCUGGCGCGGAGGCUCCUGGGUGGAGCCUCCUUGAGGAGAUCCGCGCGGCACCGGAAGUGGUUGUGAGGAGGCGCGUGUGGGAGGAGGUGGGUCUCCGGCUCCCGGAGGCAUCCAGUCUGUUCCCUGGGCUAGCGGCAGUCUCGAGGGAGACGCACGUCCAGACUCAUCCUCCUGCCUCCGGACACCUUGGGGCUCUUCCAGCAUGGCCGGGGAGUCAGCCCGGGGACGACAGGAGACCUUCUCCCGCCUCCCUCGUCCUUCGCGCAGCCCUGCCGGCCGGGCUCGCGGAGGGGAAGGCCGGGGAGCUUAAACGAGGACCGCGGGCCCCAGUUGGCUAUGACCCAGGAUGAAAUCCAGGUUUCUCAGCCCAUUCCUGCGUGAUCCGGGUCCUGCCCCUCGUGUCUUCUCCUGUUUCCCCAGCCGACUGGGACUCCUUUCUUGGCUGGGGAUGCCUGAAAUCGUGGAUGGUCCCAAAUCCUGACUUUGUGACCCUCAAGGACGUGACCAUGGACUUCACCGUGGAGGAUUGGGAGCAGCUGGACCUGGACCAAGGGGACCUGUUCUGGGACACGGCCCUGGACAACUACCAGAGUCUCUUCUUACUGAACCCCCCGAGACCCAAGCUGACCUCCCGUCCAGAUGGUACGGAAGAGCUGGAGGCCCGGGUGAGAGGAAGUCCAGAAGCGACGGGCCCUGACAAGGCUGAGAGCAAGAACUCUCCUCGGCAUGAGGACUUCUCGGAAGAAGGACUCUCCCAGGAGAUGAUGGAGAUGUUUUCCAAGGACAGCCUCUGGAACUCGGAGUUGGCAGAAGCCUGCCUAGGCGAGAGCUGGUUAGAUAGUUUGCUAGGAGAUCCAGAAAGUCUUCCGAGGGCUGACACGGUUACCAGCAAGGAAAGUCCCCCGGGAUGCAAGAGUCAUGAACUUGAGAGAGGCCUCAGUCCCGAGUCCCCGCUCUUCACGGAAGGGGAUUCCGUGAUGCGUGAUCUUCCUGAAAAGAGCGUCUCACCAGCCAAGCCUCAGGAAUCUCGGAAUGACUCCGACUGCUACUCAGACCAGAGCCGGCAGGAUAUGACGGUGCAGGGAGGGGGGAACCCGUGCAAAUGUAGUGAAUGUGGGAAGAGCUUCAGCCGGAGUUACGACCUUCUUCAGCACUGGAUUACGCACGUCAGGGAGAAACCCACUGUGAAUCAAGAACACGAGAGAGGUUUCAGCCAGAGUUCUUGCCUCUUUGUGCGUCCGGUGACGCACACGGGCUACAAACCCUAUGGGUGUCCUAAGUGUGGGAGAACUUUUCGUCAGAAUGCACACCUCCUGCGGCAUCAGAAAGUUCACACCAGAGAAAAACCACGUGAGAGUCAAGAUGGCGACUGUCCCUCUGGCCAUGGCACGCAGCCUGUGGAGCAUCAGACCCACCCAGCUGGUAAAUCCUACAAGUGUAACGAGUGUGGCAAGAGUUUCAGACGGACCUUCCAUCUCGCUCGGCAUCAGAAGACCCACGCUCGGAAAUGCUAUGAAUGUGCCACGUGCAAGGCAACCUUCCACUUAAGUAAAUACCUCCUCCAGCAUCAGAAAAUUCACGCUGCCCAAACCACCUCCGAGUGUCAGGAAUGCGGGAAGGCCUUCAGGAGGAGCUCGGCCCUCGUCAAACACCAGUCUGUUCACACUGGGGAAAAGCCUUAUAAGUGCGACGAGUGUGGGAAACCCUUCAGCCAUGUCUUCACCCUAAAGAUCCACCAGAGAGCUCACAGUGGAGAGAAGCCUUACAAAUGCGGUGAAUGUGGGAAAGCUUUCUACCGGAACACUCACCUCCAUGAACAUCGGUGGGUUCACACGGGCUACAGGCCCCACAAAUGUCCUAAGUGCGUCAAGAGUUUCAGCCGGCCAUCCCACCUCAUCCGACACCAGUCCACUCACGCCCCAGAAAAGCCCUACAGCUGUGCCGAGUGCAAGGAGACCUUCAGCCAUAAGGAAUACCUCAUUCACCACCAGAAGAGCCACACCGUGGACGCCCCCUACGCAUGUCAGGAGUGCGGCGAGCGCUUCAUCUGCAGCUCGACCCUCACGUGCCACCAGAGCAUUCACACCAGAGAAAAACGAAGCCUUGAUGAGAGCGGGAGGGCCUUGAAUCAGAACCCGGAACAGAGAGAGCAUCCAGGGGUCGGCGAGAAAACCUUCAGCUGCAGCAAAUACCUGAGUCAGCACGAGCGGAUUCAUGCCAGGGUGAAGCCCUUUGAGUGUCAGCAGUGUGGGAAGGCCUUUGGCCAAAGCGCACAGCUCCUCUGCCACCAGGGGGUCCACUCCGGAGCGAGGCCCUAUGCGUGUGGGGACUGCGGGAAGGCCUUCCUCCAUGCCACCUCCCUCAGCAGGCAUCAGUCCACCCACAAGAGCGAGCACGCCUUCAGAUGUAACGAAUGUGGGAAGACGUUCAGCCAAAGUGCACACCUCUCAGAACAUCGGUUAAUUCACACCACAGGGGAACCCUUUAAAUGUGACAAGUGUGACAGAGUCUUUGCGCAGGGUAACCACCUUACUCAGCAUCAGAAAACUCACGCCAGAAAGAAGUCCUUUGAGUGUAAGGAAUGCGGGAAAACGUUCCGUCAGAGCUGGUGCCUUUCCAUUCACCAGAGAGUUCACACUGGGGAGAAGCCCUACGUGUGUGCCGAAUGUGGGAAAGCCUUUUCCCAGAAAACGAAUCUGACGCAGCACGAGAGGGUUCACACCGGGGAGAGGCCCUACGCCUGCCCUGUGUGCGGGAAAGCCUUUGGCCUCAGUGCCCACCUCAGCCAGCACCAGAGGAUUCACACCCAGGAGAAACCGUAUCAGUGCCGACACUGCCAGAAAGCCUUCCGCUGCUGCUCCGGGCUCAGCCAGCAUCAGCGAGUUCACGCUCAGAAGUAACAAGCAGCAAGACUACCCGUGGCUGCUGGGGGGCAGCGGGGUCCCAGGCAUCUGAGAACGUGGUCCUCCGAGGCCUGAAGUUGAAACCAUCACGUCGUAAGCUCCCUCCCCGCCAAUAAGUAAAUCUCUUCAUUAAUAAAGAUCGAUUAGAAAGUUUGCACACGAGUUUUGUUAAAAUGACGAAAACACAAAGUUGAGAAGCUGGGUAGUAGGGGGAUGCAGAGGUGGGCUCUAGAGCCAGUCUGCCCAGUUAAGUCCAAGCUCUGCCAUCUGCUACCCAAGUGACCUGGGGAGAGUCAUGGGGCCUCUCAGACCCUCUGUCUCCUCAUCUGUAAAAUGAGCACAGUCAUAGUUAUCUACCUCAGACAGCUGUUGUGAGGAUAAAUAAAUAGAUGAAAGCACUUAGAACAGAGUGCCUAGCACACAGUAAGUACUCACCAGGAGUGAGCUACAAAUGCGCAUCAGAUAUAAGAUAAAUAUACUGUUUUAUAUUAAAAGGAAGAGAAGAAUUAGCAACCCUCAAUCUCUAUUUUACUGCAGUUAAUAUUCUUACUAAUAUUAUGCAGAACUUCAACUUUUAAAGUUUUUUUGCCGACAUGUCCUUGGCUUAAUUUGGUUCCAACAACCCAGCACCUUGCUCUUUUUUUUAAGAAAACGUCUAGCCUUUUUCUUCCCUCCGUCUCUCUGCUCUGUUGUAAUAUUUUCUUAACUCACCCACAGACAGCCAGUAAGAGCAUGGAAGCUAACAUCAGGUGGCUAGAACUUUCCACUCUUGAGCUCCCAAGCCCCUCAGAAGGACCCUCUCCCACGUACACAUGCCGCCUCUUCCACUAAUCUUCGCCCAUUUAAGGCCAUUGGUUAUAACAUGAGGCCCAGUUUGUCAUGGGCGUUAAUGAUACUGGAGACGGCUAGAUUCAGUUAGGGGAGCUGCGUCGGGUAUUGCCACAUGGUUAACACAAUCUGUGCAGAUGUGCUUGGUGGUGAAAAUUGUGAUCCACGCAAAUGACUGCUGGAAUGUACCUCAUUCACUGUUUGUCCGGGCUGGCUGCUCCCCAGGCACUUUGCUGGCUCUGGGACACAGAGUGCCAGUAUGCUAAGCCCUGCCCUUGCCUCGAAGCUUCUGGAACCAAGGAAAUGGAUGGCCCCAUUUUCACAGAGGAGCCCUGUUCGUUGACAAGUGACAUCUUAAGAGGUCGCAUUCCCUCAUGUCACAGCAAGUUCUGGGGCCACUGAGGAUUGUCGGAGAGCCCAGUGAGGACACGAUCCUGAUGGAGCCUGGCAUCAGCUGCUCAGCUUGGCCAGGCCUGCUCCACAGCCGAGACUCGCUUCACGGAGCUGCACAACCAGUUGCUGCUUGACGGCUCCUCCUCAGCUCCGGGCUUCUGUGUCCCACUCACUACAUGACCUGGUCACACCUUUGCUGAAGCACAAACAGAAUCUCUUGAAGACAUGGGACACACACUUUAAUAUUGUUCACACUUUUGGUGCUAAAAACGUUUAGGAGUACGUGUUCUGUGCUUUAUAAUCCUCGCCCCUUGAGUUCUGUUGGUUGGUUUUGUUGUUGAAACUGGGAACUUACACUGGCUGAGCCUUGGGCCCAUCCCACAGUGAAGAGCUUACUGGUUUUCAGAUGGCCAGACGUUCCGCUCCCUGCACAUGGUCCCUGCCUGCGUACCCCCGUCCAGUCUGGGCGACAGGCCUGUUUUAUACCAAAGGGGCACCAGGGUGUUGUGGGUGAAGUAGCAGCGGGAACUCAAACUGAAAGUGUUCACUGAGAGUUUUGACACCAAACAAUAGAGCUCAGAGGCCCUGUGGAAAAUCGGCAGCCUCUGGGCGUGGGGCAGUCUCUGUAACUAAUGACCAGUGUGGCUGUGGGCCAGUGUCAAAACGCCCUUCAUGUGUGCAUGUUGGUUCUCAUUAAAGUUUCGAGUCUAAAA